AUGUUGGUUACUUUUGAGAGGUUUAUCGCCAUCAAAAUUACGUCGCACUACCCAAACAGUGUCACUGAUAAGAAAGUAACGAUAGCACUGAUUGCAGUUUGGAUCAUUGCCUUCGUGUGUAGAAUGUUUGAGGCCUUAGAGAUUUAUCUAAUAUUUUAUUCUAAAGCAAGCCUUGUCGCUAUUUUGUGAAUCGUUUUCGUUGCCAUCGCAUAUGUGAUUUGAUAUCAUUAAACGUGUCGACAUCAAAGGAGGAUAAAAGUACAACAACUGCCCCAAGAGGAGGUGGAAAGAUUUACCAAAGAAGACGAGGCGAUUAUGACAACUGUGUUUGCAAUUGGUGCUGUUAUUUUUGGCCUUCCUCAAGUUUCUUUGUGUCUCAUCAUUUUAGCUACAGGCCAUUGUAGCUUUUGCCCCAUCAACGGACCAAUGUGGCAAUUCUUUGCCAUGCCACCCACACACAACCCCGAAUUCCUCCAAUAGCUCUGACAAAGGGCUAACGCCCAAAAAGUCAGCUUUUGAACUCUUUUCGGUGGCUAACUCAGUUGAUAAUACUAAAUUAGCAUGCUAAACUCGUAUGUAAAUCCAUUGAUCUACCGCUGGAGGCAAAAAGAAAUGAGAAAGCACGUUCUUACACCUUGUACAGGAAGAACCCAGCUCGUGCAUCCAGCCAUCCAGCAAAGAAGGAGAAUAUGGCAGAAAGACUGAAAAAAAAGGUCCUUGUCGUUGGUUUAUGUGACAAUAUAUUUUUUGUUAGGAGUGUUUAUUCGUAUAUUGCGCGCAAAAUCUGAUUCUUAAAAGGACUAUUUGAACCCACGGAAAAAAAUCUUUGCAAGAAGGGUACAUCUUUAGUAAUAAGCCUCAGCCUAUUUUUUCUUUAGCAAAAAGAGCUACGGAGUAAUGAUUGCAAUUGAGUUUUUCUUAUAUUUGUUUAAGAUACGUAGAAAUGUUUCGUUCUUGUCUCAUGGUCGACAUAGGAAUUAGGUAAUUGAAUUGAAAUCUCCUUAUGAUUUCAUCAAACAUAUAAAGCAGUGACAAUGCUGGGAACUUGUAUUGACAUCAUCAUACUCCCGUCAAUAUUUAACGUUGUUCAAUUACGUUCUUCGGGGCUGUAACUAAACUUAUCCAAUUUCAAAUUGACUUGGGGAGUUACCCUCCUUUAGUCGAUGCACGACCUGGUUCUCAUUCUCGAUACUAACUUCCUAAGCGCCCUAUUUUCUUUGGUUCAUCUUUCCAUUUCUUUUUAAUCGGUUCCUGUGCUUUUAUCUUCCUUUGUUGCUGUUAUGCGAAGUCGUCCACUGAACAAGAAUAACUGGUUGUAGAUGCUAAAAGUGUCAUCAACCAAAUUCACUGGGAACUUUUCGGCUCCUUUCAAAUCUUGCGCACGCUUUGAGUUUAGUCAAUCGCUGAGAAAAAGUAACGCUGUGAUGUAAAAUGCCGUAAUAAUUCUGGCCAUGCAUGCUUGAAAUGGCACCUCGUGCUAAGGGGCAGGUGAUAACAAAGUUAUCUCGACAUGAAGAGUUACUAGAUCUGAUAAUUAUGCGAUCAUGAUUGACACUAUAUUUCUUCUCUAUAUAUAAUAAUGUGUUUAAAGAGACAGAUGAGAACUUCCUGAUGUGUUUUCAAUCUUUGAAAUAAUAAUAAUAAAAACAAAAACAAAAACCUCUAACAGGCUCAGCAAAAGGUAGUGUAUCAAUUUUUUGAUGCAAUAUUAACCGUCCUCAACCGCGCUCUACAUAUUUUCUUUUUUUUUUUUUUAACCUCCUAUCCUGUAUUAUGGAAGAAACAUGCAAAGUAUAAAACUAUGACAUCGAAGAAGAGACGGGUGUCGAAUAAAUUGGUAUUUUUUGAUGAAAAUCUUCGUGGACGAACCUAAAGAGGAAUAAUAUUCUUGACAAUAAAAAACCUAAAUGCAAAUAACUGACUUUAAAUUAAGCCCAUAAAACCAAAGUAAGAUAAUAAACUAACAGCUAAUACUUUUCUUCUAAUAUAGUUUUUUAAUUAGGAUAAGAAGCCAUGUAACUAUAAAUAUCUAUAUGGUUGUGUAGGGCGAAUCAAUUUCCUAAAUAACAAGGUAUAUGAAGAAACGAGUAGGCUACUAUAAGUUACAGAGACCACUUCAAUGGGCUGAAACCAUUUUUGAACUAGUGAUUAAUAAAAAGUCGGCAGUGAUUUUAAUUAUUUUGGAUUAAGAAUGAUAUCUGGGCCGAGCUUGAAGGAGAUUCAUUUGAUAAGGCGGCGAAGAAAGUUCCCACGUAAACUUCUUUUGUGGUGUUGUCCUUAAACUACUUACUAUUCAAAGCUUAGCUUUUCGCUGCCUUCUCCCUUCUCGUGCAAGAAUAAUAAUAAUCUGUUGAAAACAUUAAUUUUAGCAAUAGAGCAGAUACAAAACAGCAAUAGAAGUCAUGAGUUCAUCUCACAGACUUAGUUGACUUACAAUAAUCUACCAACUCGACAUGGUGAAUUUUUCAAAGCUUAGCUUUUGGCUGCCUUUUCCCUUUUAGUGCAAGAAUAAUAAUCUGUUGGAAACAUUUGCACUUUUAUUUUUAGCGAUAGAUCAGAUACAAAACAGCAAUAGAAGUCAAGAGUUCAUCCCAAAGACUUAGUUGACUUACAAUAAUCUACCAACUCGACAUGGUGAAUUUUUCUUUGGCUAGUUUUUAGAAACGCUUUCAGACUGAUAAAAAAUUUCUUAUGCCCCAUUUUAUAUUUACAUAGGUAUCCGCUAACGUUCUGAUAAUUUUCCUAAACAGAAUCAAUAUUUUGAAUAAUCAAAAAUACAAAAAUCAGAAUUAGGAGUUUAUAGGAGAGCCUCAUAAAUUGUUGAAUGCCUAAUCAAUAGUGUUGUUAGCUUCAUAAAGAGUUUCAUUUGUCAUAGGGAAAGUACAUCGUAAAGCAUUUGCGCUAUUGAACAAAUCUCUCGAGAUAAUUUCCCCCUUCAAUAUUACCACGAUAACGUAAUUAAAAUAUUGCUGAUAGCAUUUUCGAAAGUGUAUGAUUGUUUAUCAGAUAUGCAUACCAUCAAUUGUAAUACGGCAGACAUGGGAGAUCCGUGCGUCAGGUUUUGUGACGAAUUGAACUACAUUCGAUUUUGGUUGGGUUGAUAUGUCAUGAAACUCUCUCAUUAAUGUUAGUUUUAUAGCCAUUCCCAACAGAUGUUGGAGUUCCAAACGCCAUGAAUGUAACACACUGCAUGGGGAUGCAAAGAAAAAAAUACUUUGCGACAACGGCUAAAUUUUCAAUAAUUUGAAAUUAGCAGACUGAAUUCGGACUUCGGAACUGACCUUCCGAAUGCAUUUUGUAUUUCAACCAUGGAGAAACUGAAAUUGGUCUAUAAACUUAAAUAAAAAUAAGUCGUUAAAUCUUUAAAACACGAUAAACAAGUGGCUGUGGGCAUACAUGUCUGAAACAAGAAACUUAAAACUGAAUUAAUCAUACAAUUAGAAAUUGAAAUACGUGAGAAAAUAUCAAGUUAAACCACAUGCACACUAAAAUGGAGCUAGUGGAUAAAAGCCUCCCAAAAACAUCUAAAAUCCAGCGAAAUGAUACAAACUGUGCGGUUGGUAUCAAUAACGUAUCCAACUCAACACAUCAAACUUCUUCGAGUUUCAUUUGCGAACGCUAUAACGAUGACCAGCAUAGAUGGCGACACAGUAAUAUUCCCACCGAAUGUUAAUUGCAUUAUCAGUAUUAGCAUUAACAGUAUCGCCUGUCCUUUCACAGUUCUGCUUAACGUGCUGGUAAUUAUAGUCGUCAAAAAAAGACCACGACUCCGAACUAACAACAAAAUCUUACUGGCCUGUUUAGUGGUGACUGACGCAUUAACUGGUCUCUUUGGUCAACCGUUAUAUGUGUUGUGGAGGAUAUUCCUAAUAUUUGGCCUCAGUAGCAGUUAA